AUGUCUAAUGCGGAUUAUAAUCAAUUGUUACUUUCUACUGAGCACCUUGAGAACAUGUCUCAAAUAAUUGAGAAUUCAUACAGACCAAAUUUCCCACCUGAUAUCAGGAUUGAAGAAUAUGUAACAAGAUUUGAUAAAACAAAAAAAAUCAGCGAAUUUCGCGGGAACGCAUUUAUUGUAUAUCGAAAGUAUUUAUGUCGAUAUCUAGUAAGAUCCGGAAAAAAAUUAGAUCAAAAACUAAUUUCCCCCUUGGCAGGUUAUUUAUGGAAAACAGAAUCAAAAGAAGUGAAGCAACGGUAUAAGGAUUAUUCUGAACAAAUUAAAAAACUUUACAAAGAACAAAUGUUUGGUGUUAUUAAAAUCAAUAAACGUCAGUAUCCCCCAGACGACGAUGAUGACCAACCGCAAAAUCAUAAGCGUCGUAUAACAACCAUCGAGGGUCAAACCUAG